CGCAUCAUAUCCAUUCCACAUUUCAAUUAACUCGUAAUUAUGAUCUCUGUAACAGAAUAACAAAAAUUAAAGUUUUUUUGGGAGCAGAUCAAGAUAAGAUUUUUACAUUUCUAUGUUCCUUGGCUUUCACAAAGUCUGUCUCUUUCUCUGGCCGCAAAAUAUCAAUAGCGAAAAGUCGCUUUUUUUUUUUCUUCCAAUCUUUUCUUUUUAUUUUGUUUUUCUAGAAUUUGUAAAGGUGAACUGAAGAUAUAUAAUAGACGAGGAGAAAAGCAGACGUAUCUCUGUGUCAAUUUCGUUUGUUGUCUUUGUUCUAAAAGGAUUUGUCUGUUUCAAGAGCCAAACUUUGGGUUCUCCUCUCUUCUCUUCUCUUCCCUUCCUGUUCGUGUUCUUCUCUCGUCCUUUUGCAGCAAUCUCUUCAAUUCGGAGAGAAGAGAGAAAAGGGUUAAAGGGAACUUAGGAAAGGAGGAGAUGUAUUAUCAGUUGACCAAGUCUUCUUACAUGGACUCUUUGAAGAUUCUGGAGGCUGACAUAGAGCACGCCAAUGGACUGGCUGCUGAGAUUCCAAUGGGGAAGAGCGGUGUGCGUCUUCAGAUGAAACUGGUUUGCAGCAAUUUGGCUCCAUUCUUCAUAUUCCUGCUACAAUGGAUGGAUUUCUCAUGCCUGCUUCCAAAAUAUUUUGAUUUCUUCCACAUACUCAUUUACAAGGUACGUGCUGAUGGGAGAUGGAAUCGAUCCCGGUACGGAAGGAAAGCUACAAUUAGGGAGUUUUACGGUGUUAUAUUACCGUCGCUCGAGCGACUUCAUAUAAACUUUGCUGACAUAUCCAACGACAGCUUGUGGUAUCCAAAACCAAAAGCCAUCACCAAGCAGAAGUAUGACAUGGAAGGCAACAGAUUCACGAGCAGCGUCGACUUGGAAAGAGAAGACGAAUGCGGGAUUUGCUUGGAGCCCUGCACCAAGAUGGUGUUGCCUAACUGUUGCCAUGCCAUGUGCAUCAAAUGCUACCGGAACUGGAACACAAAGUCGGAGUCAUGCCCGUUUUGUCGAGGGAGCAUCAAGAGAGUGAACUCUGAGGAUCUGUGGGUGCUGACUUGCGACGAAGAUGUGGUGGAUACAGAGACGGUAACCAAAGAGGAUCUUCUUAGGUUCUACCUUCACAUCAAUAGCCUCCCUAAGGAUUAUCCGGAAGCUGUCUUCUUAGUCUACAACGAGUACUUGAUAUGAUUUUAAUGGAGGUGGGAAACACAUCAGCGAGUGUACAAAGGGAGAAAAGAUCCCAGACCUUUAACUAAGUGUACAUAUGAAUCUGGUGAUCCAAGAGGUUCCUUCGUUUUUAGAUUAUAUGAUGUAAGAAGAUUGUCAUAAUGUGUACUUCUCCCUUGUUAUACAAUAUUAAGAGAAAAAAGUUGAUCUCGGUUCACAUAUUUCAAGAAUCGAGUCUGGUUUCUUCUUGACAUCACAACCAAGAUGAGAUUCAUUGAUAUUUUGUUUUCC